AUGGUUCAAGUAGUUUUCCAGUUGAUGGGUCAAGUGGCUGGCUGCGUCGAUCCGAUUAUUUAUUGCUUCCUGAGCAAUGAGUUCCGAACCGAUCUUUUUCAUAUCCUCAGCUGCAGAUUCCAAGAAGCAACUUCCCUCGGAAAAACGAUGAAAUACAUAAACUCCGAGCCUUCAGCAAGUAGCCCAUUUCAUUCAAAGAAGCCACCGAAAACAAUUUGUAAAGCGUAG